AUUUAAAUACACAUAUAUAUAUAUAACAAAAUGUCAGAAGUUGAAAAGAAACAACAAGUUCUUACUGGUAUUGAUACCUCACGUAAAGUUGGUUCAUCAUUCACCGAAAAAUUAUCAGAUGAAGCCAUGAAAUUUUUCUGUGAUGUUGCCAAACUUCCAUUCUCACAACAAGCUGUUCACUUCUUAAAUGCCUACUGGUUUGAAAUUAGAAAUGAAGCUGAAUUCAUUUACACUGUUGCUUGGGAAAAAAUCAAAUAUGCUGAUAUGCACAACAAAGGUAUUCAAUUAGUUUACAAAUAUGAUGAAGGUAACGAUCUCGAUUUCGAUAUUGCCCUUUAUUUCUAUGAAAUCCUCUGCAAAUUCGUCGAAGACGACAAAAACAAAGCCUACAAAGAUGGUUAUGCCAGAUCACAACCAGAAAUGUUAACUGCUCUCAAACGUAAACAAGAAUUAAGAGAAAAAGUCGAUGUUAACUUUGAUGGUCGUGUCUCUUUCCUUGAAUAUCUCUUAUACCAAUACAGAGAUGUUGCCAAUCCAGCUGAUUUCUGUCACCGUUCAAUGAACCACGACGAACAUCCAGAAAUUAGAAAAGCUCGUUUAGCUCUCGAAGAAGUCAACAAACGUAUUCGUGCCUACGAAGAAGAAAAAGCUCGUCUUGAAGCUGAUUCACAAUUACCAGGUGUUAAAGGUCUUGGUGCUAAAAAUAUGUUAGCUCAAAUCGAUUCAAGCCCAUUAAAAGAAGAAUUAAACAAAGCCCUCAUUACUGCUGAAGCUGCUGUUCGUAUCGCCUCAAAGAAAUAUGGUGGUCAAUCAGGUGUUGGUGGUGCUGAUGGUGGUGCCUCAAGUGAAGGUGCUCUCUGGUGGAUGAACAGAGAUCUCGAAGAAAAGAAAAAGAGAUACGGUCCAUCAAAGAAAUAAGCUUUUUAACCGUUUCGAUUCAAUAUUUAAAUUUGUAUACUUAAACCCUUUUUAAAAAUAUUAAUUUAUAAAUCAUUAAUGUUUUUAUGUGUAUCAAAAUAAAAAAAUAAAAAAAAAAAAACUAAAUUAUAUUUAUUAAAAUU